ACACACACACCCCCACACACACAAUUUAAUUGCCUCUAAAAACCAGAGGCGCGCUCACAGGUUUAGUUUUUCAUCCACCAGCAACAUGAUUGGCAAAGCUGUUUUUCUGGGACUUCUGCUCAUCUGCGUGAAUGCAGGAGCUGAGGAGAAGUCGGGACAAAUGAGAACGCCCUCCUGUCCUGGCAUUGAGGAAAUUGCGGCGUGCCCUAUGAACUUCGCUCCUCUGUGCGGCAGUGAUGGGAACACUUAUGCCAACGAGUGUGCCUUGUGCGUUGAGAGACAAACAACCAGGAUGGACAUCAUGAUUGUCAAAGAGGGGGGCUGCUGAUCUGCGCAGCCGCCAGAGGGGCCAACCAGGACCUGAUUAUCAAUCUAAGACAAAUCUUGAAAAUUGCAUUUACCAGGUUCCAACUGUCUUAAAUAUCUGCUCAUGCAAUGAGUAAUAAAUUUCUAUCAGCAGAA